GGGAGUGGGAGCAGCGGCAGGAGCCCGGCAUGGUGUGACAGAACACGGUGCUGAGGGGAGAGUCAGUCAGUCAAUCAAUCAUUCAGUGUCAGUCAGGGCGUGAGAGAGAGGCCGGUGGGAGGAGCCAAGCGAGUGCCGGUGGAGUAGGAGGCGGGUCUCAGUGCUGCGGGGAGGCUGUGACACUCAGACAUUGCAGCAGAUCCCAGAACGAGAGAGAGAGGAAGGAAGGAAGGAGGAGAAUAAGGCGCUGCUUUCCCUGCUCGCUACGAACUCUUCGUUUGUGCCGCCGCUGCUGUAGUGAGAGUCAGUGCUGGUGCUGCGGGGAAUGAGCCGGGCCCGUGUGGAAUGGAUGUGCCAGGGGAAGGCUGGAUACGUGAUACGUGCGCUGGCCGGCAGUAAAGGAUAAUCUGCCCCUAAGAGUUGCACCUCCUGUUUUUCGCUCUUGGUUUCCACUCCUGGAUGUGAAAUAAAAGAAUGGAAUUGCUUCUUGCUUCAAAGAAUUGAUCCUGAAUCAGAACUAUGAACUUCCUCAUGCUGCAUCAGUAAUUUAACUGGACUUACAAGUUUUUGGAUAUGUUCCUUGGACCAGCGCCUGUUUGGAACACCCCGCUGACUUAGGUCGUACGUUUCUGCAUACGGAAUCAUUAAACCCUUAAACUAGGUAGCGACAUAGCAUCUUCGCAUACGUUUGUUGAACAUGACUUAUGGAGAAGAGCUUAGCUCUGAGAUGCAACAAGAUUCCGUUGUUUUAACCUAUCUGGAAGGAUUACUAAUGCAUCAAGCAGCUGGCGGCUCGGGAACUGCAGUCGACAAGCUCUCAGUUAGCCGUGCAAAAUCCAAUGACAAUUUUAAGAAUUCCGGAAAUAUAUUUUCCAAUUAUGAGAGUAAUGUCCCACUUCGCAACAACAGUAGCCCUUGUCAGGGAUCUGGAAUGCUGCAUCUCAAAAAGGCAAGGCUGUUGCAGUCUUCAGAGGACUGGAAUGCUUCAAAGAGAAGAAGACUGUCGGAUUCUAUUCCCGGCAUAAAUGGCAAAAAUGAAACAUUCUUGGCUGGCAUGGUGGCAAAUGCACCCAAAGGCAAACAGGAUAGUACAUUACUGGCAUCUCUGCUUCAGUCUUUCAGCUCUAGACUUCAGAAUGUGGCUCUGUCACAGCAACUUAAACAGAGUCUCAAAGAACAAGGUUUUUCUCUUAGCCCGGAGACUGUGCAGGAGGAGAAAAAUAACCAGUGUGUGGGCAUGGCAUCCAGUCACCUUAAGACUUUGUUAAACAAAAACAGAUCAAAAGAGAAAAUAACAGAUAGUAAUAAGACUACUAAAGCCUCCAUUCAAGGAAAAUAUACAGAGUCUUCACAUUCUGGGCAAAGCAGCACAAAGGGAGUAGCUGCUGAGCCAAUUUCAUGUGCUGCCAGACUUCAGGCUGUUGCAUGUAUGGUAGAGAAGAGGUCUAGCCCCACUGUCUCACCUAAACCAAGUGUUGCAUGUAGCCAAUUGGCAUUGCUGCUUUCUAGUGAAGCUCACUUGCAACAAUACUCCAGAGAGCAUGCUGUAAAAGCGCAAAGUGCUAAUCAGUUAGCAAGCGAAAGGCUAGCAGCAAUGGCAAGGUUAAAAGAGACCUCAGAGAAAGACCUAGGCCAUUUUCCUUUGUCAACAAGUUUGCCCACAGCCCUCAACAGCCCGGCAAGAACAACUAUUUCCAACGGUAUAGGUAAUAUUGGUAACAUUUCUCCCUUUUCAAGUCCGUUAAGUGUCCCUCAUUCUCCACAUAAAUCAGUAGGAUAUAAGAAUCAUUCGGAAAAAAAUCAUCUGAAGCCCUCUCCGAAUAACAGUUUGCUGCUACAUCUACUCAAAAGCCAGAACGCUACAAAUGUGAACAAAUGCAACCUUCAAAGUGACAAGAUUCCUGCAUUUGAAGAAAGUGCAACGCCAACAACCACCGAUGACUUUUCUGACAACAACCCUAGCUUUACAGAAGAUGAAACCAGCGAUGAUGAAAGUAGUCACUCUAACUGUGCGCCCAUUGACUUAUCGUUUAAAAAUCGAGUCGAUAAGCCAGAGCUGUUAAAUACGGCCUCCAUAGACAACUUAACCGAGUCUUUGCUUAAAAACUGGGAUCCAAAAGUUGAAGGACUUGACAUCAACAAACAUAAUAACAGAGAGUCUUCACUGGUGUCCACGUUAAAACCACAUCAGAAGGUAACCCUGUUACAGUUACUUCUUGGGCAUAAGGCUGAUGAAAAUCCUGAAAAGAUGGAAGAUCUUCAGGCUCCACAGACGAAAUUCAGCUUGCCAAUACAAAGACAUGUAUCUGAAAACACUCAUGUACAUAAUUCUGCUUUAUUAAAUGCAUUACCUGUAAACCACUGUUCAAAAUCAGAUUCCCCCGUUAACCUGACCCAGGCUUUUUCACCCAAAAAUACGUACACAUCUUACAUAAGUAGCAUUCAAUCAGAAAGACAUACAAAUGCUGCCUCGAAACACUUGAUAGAGCUUACGAGGAAAAAAUCAUUUCAUAAUCCCAUCCCAUUAAUCAAUGAGAGUGCACCAAAUAAUGCUGCUUUCAGUGCGAGUAAACUUCUACAAAAUCUAGCUCAAUGCGGGAAGCAAACACCGGCACCUGAUGAGCAAAUAGCACAAAAACCAGUAAGUGCACCCAAUGGUAAAACUCUAGGACUGAUAGACAGACUAAAUAGCCCCCUGAUGACCAAUCAGUCUCAUACCUUUGAGGUGGAGAAAUCAUUUAGUAGCCCACCUACUCCAACAGACUCCACAUUUCCUGGUUCAGAGAUUGAAAACCUUUUAGAAAGACGUACUGUUCUACAGCUUCUUCUCGGAACACCAAAUAAGGGGAAACUUGAAAAGAAUCCAAACAUCACAAUCAAAGAUGAAAAUCAACAAGACAGGGUAGAAAAAAAAACAAGUGAACAAAUUGUAGCUUUUAAAAUUAAAACUGAGCCUGAGGACUCGUACAGCACACAGCAUUUAAGAGACACUGAAAUUCCGAGUCCAUUGGCAAUGUCUAUUCACAGUUUUUCCAGAUCACCCUCAGAGGGCAUGAAAUCUCCAAACCUCACUCCACAUGAAUUUUCUGUUUCCAGAAAUGGCCUACUAAGCCACUUGCUUACACAAAACCACAAUGGGUACGAAAUAAGUGACCCGGCUAAAACCAACAGGAACUCUGGACCGAGACAAACAGAAACAAAAACCCCCUGCACUGUUCCAAAAAAGAGAAAAAUGCACCAAAACGAGCACGUAGAAAGUCAAGUAAAAUUUGCAAAACUCAGUCCUUCUGAAAGUGGCCAAUAUUGUUCUUCACCGUCAUUAAGUGGGCCAAUGUUUCAUCAGAAUGGAAUGCAAAGUAACAAAAGUGAUUACCCUAGGUGCAAUGUAAGUCAGAACUCCUUUAAUGAAGGGAAACAUUUGGGUUGGUCAAGAGAAAGUAAAGGUUUUAAUGUGCUGAAACAACUCUUGCUUUCGGAGAAUUGUGUCCGAGAUUUGUCUCAGCAUAGGAACAAUGUAUCGGUGGAUGAUAUGGUAAAAUGGAACAGAAGUCACGUAGCUGGCAGUUCUGAUUUUGUAACACCCUCAUUAAAUGUGCACAUGGGGAAAAUGUCCAACCACACAAACAGUUUAGGUCAAAUGCCAUUUCAGUGUCCAUCUUCUUUUAAGAGUUCCCCCCACUCACCUUCAGAUAGUUUGAUACAUAAAACAUCUCGGACUGAAUCUGGACAAAUCAAUAUGGCACCUAUUUCCAACGACAAAGGCCCAAUUAAAUGGGUUAUCACAGGUAUGGAAAAGGAUGAUGUUGCAAAGGAUUCCCCAAGGUUGACCAAAACCAACCCGAUAUUAUACUACAUGUUGCAGAAAGGAGCACAUUCUGCUGGUAGCCAAGAGCUAAGAGAUCGAGACAGUUGGACUGAAUCCUUACUAGGAAAUGCAUCAGAAGUGGCAUUCAGACGAGAAAUGGUCAAUUGUAGAGGAACCACCCCAAAUGGCAGUGUUGUAACAAAAACAACCACUCCUGUUGUAAAUAAGACAUGGCAUAAUUCCAAUGGUAACAAGUAUGGACUUUUUGAUAUAUUGACAAUUAAGAAAGAGCCUGAAUAAUACAGCAGCUAUGAGUAGCCAUUGCACCAGGUUGUUAAUAAACCUAAUAUAAAAGAAUGCAUCAUUUCUAGAGUAUCAGGCAUGAAGACUAGAGAUGCAAAGCAUGAUCUUUUUGACAUGUUUUUCAUCUCAUAUAUUUUGGUUGCUUAUGUUGCUUGUGGCUAUAGCUUAUUUGAAAAAUGUACAGAUUUUGCUAUUAUGGUUUCUAAUCUUUUGGUUUUGUGAUAUUAUCUUUUUUUCUUAAGGGUAUUUAUUCCCUCUAAUUAGUAAAACAAAUGAUGUUAUAAAUUAUAAAAGUGCUGUUGAUGGCUGGUGCCUUAUGUAUUGGUCUCUUGAUAGUUACAAGAUAACUUAUCUAUAGUGGAGACAAUAAUUACAGCUAAGAUUUCAAAUCCACUGCAUCCCAGUUGUGCAGAUCUGCAAAUCCAAGUAUCCAUUACUUGCCAUUGGCUCAUCUGCAGGGCUGGGAUAUGUAGUUUCCAAAAUCUGUGGUAGAACACUGUGGAUUUGAUAUCCCUGCUUUAGAAGACAAUUUAUAGCCCGAAAGGUUACACUAGGUAAGCCAGGAAAUUUGUUUAACAUAAUAAGCUGUAUCAGCACAGUAGAGAACUCUGUAAAAUGUGUAUUUUUCCACAGAAUAACAUUUCUAUAUCAUACAUUUCACAUUUUAUUCAGCAUUUUUUUGCUUUGGUGAUUAUUUUGUGGGAAGUGUUAGCCUCUGUAGCUCCCAUGAUGUUUACAAUAAACUGAACAGCGAUGGACUUAUGCAACUUGGUCGUAUCUACUUCCUUAUACAAUUUUUUUUUUAAUGGUUUUCAAAUAAUGCAGUCAUGUGGGUGUAAUUUGUGUCUAUCAAGUAUCCAGAUACUUGGUGUUUUGCACCAAGGAAUAAUCCCCAAUUAAUUCACCUAUCCAGACUUUUGUCUAUAGGUACGAUAUCAAAAUAGUGUGUGAUAGACCUCAGUCUAUAUGGAAUUGGCUGAUCCAACUUGUUAAGGUGUCCAUACAUGAGCAGAUUUAAAGGAGAAUUCAACCCUAAACGUAAAAAAACAACUACCCCCCUACCCUACAUAUACCCCCUUCCUCCUCCCCCAGCCUAAGUGUUACCCCGGGCCAAUGCCCGUAACGUUUUACAUCGGAGUUUACAAGCGCCAUCUUUAGCUGCUUCGUUAAUCUUCGGAAUGAGAACGCAAUUUCCGUGAGUUUUGGCGCAUUCGCAGUUGUCGUCAAACAGAAAAUUGCUCCAACUACGCAUGCGCCAACAUGCUGGUCUCAUUCCGAAGAUUUCCAAAGAGAAGAAUGGCGCCCGUGAACUCCAAUGCCUGAAUCUGCACCCAGGGGAAAGUAAAACGUUAGGGGCAUUUAACAAGCCUGCCCAACUAUUAUCUGGGCAUAUAUCAUCUGGGCACGUAUAAAAAUCCUUUUGGCUCAUUGAUGCGAUCCUCAGCCCACAUACUCAUCGUUUGGGCCAACUGAUUGGAACUGUUGGGCAAACAGAGGAAAGAUACCUGUACACUCAUUUGGAGACCUUACCAAACAAGUGGAUCUUUCAAUAUAUGGCCAGUUUUAGAGUCAAGUUUUGACAUGUAUCUACUUAUUUCAACCUGUUGUUGACCUGUAGUCAUGAAAGUCUUGGAGAACCCUCUCGGAAGUUUGCCAUAGAUGGGGCAUAUUUCCUAAAUAUAUUUUUUAUAUAAUUUUCUUCUUAUAUCGAUGACUAAACAUUAAGGGGUAAAUUUAUCAAAAUUCAAAUGUGAUUUAUUUUUGCCAUGAUUCGAAAAGUUUUUGCACCCAAACUCAAACAUUUGAGAUAUAUUUUCAAAAAGUUGAAUGUCUGUGAGUUACUAAGAAAAAAUAUGAAUGCUAAAAUUCGGUUUUUAUCUUCAAAGUUGAUCAAUUUGAGUUUUCAGGACAUAAAUUUGAUCAUUAGUUUUUCCCCAUCGUUUUUCAUUCGAGUUUUUGACAUUUGGAUUUUUCACAAAUACGCCCUCACACAACUCACAAAUUCGAUACUUGAUAAAUAUGCCACCAAGGAUCAAAAACCCGUGAUCAUUUUUUUUUAGGGGCAGAGUUUUUUUUUUUUUAAAUUUUAUAAACAAAUCAUUCUUGUCAGCACUUAACCUCUUGUUAUUUUCAAGGAAGCAUCCAGUGACUGCCAGUUAGCUUCAACCUUCACUGGACAUCUUUUCUUAGAUCUAGUUCUUUAAAAAAAAUUAUAUUUUACCUUUGUAUCCAUCAUUUUUCUUGGCAGUGUUUCCCUUAUGCAGAAAUCGAUACCAAAAUUAGAUAAAGCCUGACUAGUUACCGCAAAGGACAGCUUGGUGUAACCUAGUGGUAAGCUAAGCACUGAAUGUUUUUCUUUUUGUUUCCCUUGAUAGCACUUACUAUAGCACACAGGUCUGUGGUUUUUUUUCCAUACAAAAUGACAUAAGGCUGCAAAUAAACUUAGUGCUGCUAGGUUUGAAGAAAUCUAAUAAAAUUGACCUUUUCUUUAAAAGUAUGUAAUUUUAAUUCAUGGGUUGUGCUUUUUUUAUGAAGUAGAAUAUUCUGAAAAAUCAAUGUUAUAAUUAUAUGUACCUAAUAGAUAAUUGUAUACUAAUGCAACACAUUUUGUAAGCUGUUGACAAUUGGUGUGCACAACGGUAAAGAUGACGAAACCAAUCAGAAUUUAUGGUUAGCUCUAUGCUCUAGCACAGGGAUUUCCAACCUUUUUUUAUCCAAGAGCAACAUUCAAAUGCAAAAAGAGUUGGGGAGCAACAUAACCAUGAAAAAAGUUCUUGGGGAUGCCAAAUAAGGGCUUUACUGGGCAAUGUGUUAGCCCUAAAGGGUUUGGCAGCCUACUGGAGGCUCUGUUUGUCCAUAAACCUGGUUUUAUGCAACCAAAAACUUGCCUCCAAGCCA